UAUCCAAAAAAAAGUAAUGAAUUCUAAAUGUUAGGUUAGGGUCACUGUGUUUGUUGCCGCCCGUCUCUUUUCAUCAUACUGCUACGGCUACUGAUACAAUCCAUUUCAAAACCCUUCCCUCAAAACUACCACACGAUGCCACCUAAGUUGCCCAGGGGGCGGCAACAUAAGCGACGCAGGACGUUUUUUUCCAGGUUCGGGCGUUUUUUGGCCAAGGCAGGCGCUCGUCGAGUAGCAGUACCAGUGGCAUCCGCGUUUCUGGAGCAUGGACUCGAACAAGAUUCGAGUCUCAGUCCUCAAGAGAUGGAUGCAUUCUAUAGUCGGUUGCAAGGGACGAUUUUUAAAAUCCGUAUGCAAAAAGAACAACAAGUAGGGGAAAAAGGAAAGACAAUCACGCUGACCACCUAUUUCACUGGCUUUUGCAUCUCAGCCGAUGGAUUAAUUUUGUCCAGGUACUUUAAUCCUGAAUCUGUCAAUAUAUCUGUUCAAGGUCCUGGUGAAUUAACUUUUUCUAGAGUAGAUUUGAUUCAUCAUGAUAAUGAGAGGGGUCUGAUUUUGAUGAGGGCUAAGCAUUGUAAAACUUUUGAGUUUGUAGAUUUUACAAAAGAAACACAACAUGUGGCUGGACCUCAUGUGUAUUCUUUUGUUUAUCCUAGCGGCUGUUCUUCUCCGAUGCUGUUGAGGGGUCAUUUGGCUUAUCACUGUAAGCCUGACAGUGAUAUCGACCCUCCAGAUAUUUACCCUAGGUAUAGAACAUUAGAAUAUAUUUUUGAGGGUACAACAAGUGUGAUAAAAAAUCUUGGUGUAAAAGUGUGUUUAGUUCAAAUUGCUAGUUUAGGGGCUUCAAGGGAACUAAAUAGGACUAGUAACAGUUUUGGGUUUGAAGAGGGAUAUGGUGCCCCGGUGUUCAAUGCUGUUGGGGGUGUUUUAGGUCUAGUUUGCUUUCAAGAAGCAGGAUUCGAUUUUGCUAUUCAUGUUAAUGUCUUGAAAGAGUAUGUUUCUGGAUAUUCUUCACUUCCUAUUCCACCCGCCUCACGAGAUGUCUCAUCUGACACGCAUGCGACAACACCCGGACAAACUAAAUCCUUCAUUGGAGGACGGCCUCGAUAUACAAGACAAGGAGCAAAAGGAAAGAGGCAAAACUAUACAUAUUAUUGUGAGGAUGAAAACUGUUAUUGUAGGUGAAGUGGACUGUGGUGAAGAUUAGGCAGCGGAGGUGAAUCCAAAUGGACAAUUUUGUUAGAUGGUAAUGAUGUUAGAUGACAUUGGUUCGAUGGUAAUUUAAAAUUUCAACCUGUAUAUUGGUUUUGGGCUGUAGAAUCUUUAAUUGAAUUUUAGUUUUGCAUUGAACUUGUUUUUCUAUUUUCUUUUGGGUUUCAUGUAUGAUACAAUACAAAUCUUUAAACUUUGAUGUGGGAUCUUGGUUUAGAA